AUGUGCUACCAACACCCCAACGAACAAUACAGCCUGUUGAAGUACCCGAACACCUUCUGCGGAAGCGACGAGCAUGGACUGAUGCUGGGUUUGGGAAUCGUGCUGCUGAUGCUGAAUGUGCUGGGCUUCUUCGUCUAUUGCUGCUUUGGCGCUUGGAAGGUACCUUCCUGGAGCUCCCAAAAUCGCAACGAGUUAGUGAAAGCCUUCUCAUUCUUGAUCGGCAAGUUCAGACUGGACGUUUGGUGGUUUGGUUUGCUUUUGCUUCUUCGUGGCCUGGGCUUCAGCCUAGCCAUUGCUCUCGCGACAGACUCGCCACAAUUGCAGGUUGCUGUCGCCACCAUCCUCACGUCCUUCUACCUCUUUGUCCUGACCCUUGUGAGACCAUGGAAGGCCCCGGUCAUCAAUGUGGCGGACAUUGCCUUGUGCAACGUGCUCGUUCUGUUGAUCACCCAAGCAGUGCAUCCAAACACCCCUGUGGACCUUCAGCUUCAGGAUGUGUUUGCCUCCGUGAUGGUGGUCCUGCUUGUUACAAUCUUGGCUGUGACGGGGAGCCUGUGCAUCUCAGCACUGGUUCUUGGUCGUCUCUUCGGUACAGGAGAAGCCCUACUGAAUCUCGUGACAGAUGGCGGUGAUCGUGACAAGAUUGCGGCAGCACUGAAAGAAUGUGCUCAGGCACUCAUGGACAUCGAGGAGAAAGAUUUGUCCAAGGACCUGGCUCGCAUGAACAUUUACGACCUGAAAGCCCUCAAGGCCGCCAUGGCCGCUGUUUUUGUGGAUGUGCUUGACAAAUCUUCAAGACUCACCUCUCGCGUGGCUGUUUCCUCGCGUGGGAAGAAGCCAGUCCCAAGGCCUUGCCCCGAGCUGUCACCUUCGCCAGCUCAGAUGGCCAUUGCGAAGACCACACCUCUGGCGGAGGUGAAGACGGAGGAGCACAUGCUGAUCAACAAGUACAACAGUCUGGAUCUCCAGGAGAAGAUUGCCAGUUUGAAGGCCAAUUGUCAAGAGAUGAUCGAUCAGGGGCGGAUCACCAUAGAGGAGCGGCCGGGACUCCAGGAACAGUUUGCACAGAAGCGACAGGAGGCGAAGAAGGCGGAGAAGCCCAAAUUGGUGGAGAAAUAUGAAGAGAUGCUGGCAUGUGUGGGGAAGUCGGAAGGGAUUUCGCAUCCGGUGGCGAACCUCGAGGAGUUCUACCCACUUCACCAGGAAUUAAAGAGCAUCGAGAGACUGGAACGAGCGCCGGAGAAGAAUUUGAGUGACUACGACCGGGGCAGAAUCAAGAAGAAACCCGGCUUGCAAGACGAGCAUCGGCGCUUAGAACGAAAAAGCCUGAUGUGGUUUGAGACCUCGGAGGACUUCCAGCGGCGUCUGCAGAAAGCCCUCAUUGAGCUCGAAAAGCACAAGGCCGAGCAAGCGAAGAAGGAAGCAGAGGAAGCUGAAGAGCGAAGACGCCGGCAGGAAGAGGAGGCCCUUGAGAAGAAGCGCCAGGCGCACCGCGAAGCCGAAGAGCGGAAGGCACAGGAGCUUGAAGCGCGCCUCGAGAGCAAGCGCCAGGAGGCCGCGUUGAAGCCACAGAAGGCGCAGCCACAGGCGAAGAAGAAAGAGAAGGUCCAUCGAACCAAGCUGGAUCCUCAUGACUUCUUUCAGCCACCGCCCCGGGAAGAGGAGGAAGCCGUGGAGGGCGUGGCGGAGGCGGCGGAGGCAGAAGAAGAAGCCCCCAGCACGCCACCCACCAAUUCGACCGAUGCGGUGCCCACCACGCCCGAGACGAAGCCACCGGCACCGAAGCCCGCGGCAAAGCCGAAGGUGGCGCCCAAGGCGAAGGCGCCACUUCCGCCGUCCAAGUGGGGGAAGGUAGAGGGCGCGGCGGAGGAGUCGCCGGACGAGGCCGUUGGACCCUCCUUGCAGGAAGCUGCAGCGGUGGCCGCCACAGAGGCGCCAGCUGCAGCCAAACCUCAAGGCGUACCACCUCCCAAGAAGAAGGAGAAGAAGAAGUUCACCAAGAUGGCCGUGAGCGAUCUGGGAUUCGAUGCCAACAACCCGAACUACCGCUGA